AUGGCCGAGGGCGCCAUCGAUGGCGAGGCAAAGGCAUACGAGAUGUCCUCGGCCCACUCGACCCACUUUGCCUUCUCCCGCUACUACAACCUGCCCCCGGAGCCCUCCCAACAGCCCACCGCCCCUGCUGCGGGUUCCGAGGCCUCCACCGUUGACGCCGAGGCCUCCGCCGUUGACGCCCCUGCGGAGGGUGAGCAGGGCGGUGGCGGCAUCGGCGGCGUCGGAGCUCCCGCUCGGCUCGCUGGGAGCCUGCGAUAA